AUGGCUUCUCCCACCACUGUAAGAAGCUGUCCCCUAUCCUCUCUCCUUCGCAUUUUCUACACCGCUUCCCCUGAUAACUCCGACAUCCAUGGUUUGCUUUCUCAUCGUCGCACUGACCCCCCACUCUACGUCCCUAUCGGACUCCCCUGCCACCGUCUUCUCUGCUUCUGCCGGUCUGGUUGGCUAGAGAGGGGCUACUAUUGCUUUUUACCUCAAUUCCCAGAAACCAGCAGGAAGGAGGAAACGAUUUUGAAUUAA